CCUCUAGCCGAAGUAAAAGCUGUCUCUGCUGUAAGCGGAGCAGGAUGCCCCACAGCAGCGCCCGCUCGGAGCCGCGCGGCACCGGGGGCCGCGGUUCCUACGAGACGCCCGCGCUCGCCGACCUCCAGCGGCUUGUCUGGUUGAGAGGAGGCUCUGAGAACCACGUGGACCAAGUCUGGCCAAAUGUCUACCUGGGAGAUGCGUGGGCUGCUAGGAAUAAAACUGCCCUUCAAAAUCUGAACAUUACUCAUAUCCUUAAUGCAGCAGAUGGGCCAUACAGCAUUAACACAGGAGCCAAAUAUUACAAUGAUCUACAAAUAGAGUACUACGGAAUAGAAGCAUUUGAUGAUCCUUCCUUUGAUUUAAGCAUCUUCUUCUAUGAUGCUGCCAACUUCAUAGGCAAAGCGUUGAACACUUCAGGAGGCAAAGUGUUCGUCCAUUGUGCCAUGGGGGUGAGCCGCUCUGCAUCUUUAGUGCUUGCCUUCCUAAUGAUCCAUGAAAACAUGACACUUGUGGAUGCUCUGAAAACAGUGAGCUCUCACAGAGACAUCUGCCCAAACUCAGGGUUUCUCAGCCAGCUCCGAGACUUGGAUAUCAAAUUAAAUGGAGAGAGGAAAGGACCUAGCGAAUCUGCCAGCAGGGCAUCGUAGCGGAGCACUGAUAAAAGAGAGAGGACAAAACAUCAUCUGAGCUUCCUGCAUAUUUCUUAAAUGAAAUACAUUUGAAAACUAAGGAUGUAAGUUUGAGAUACACUAGACUACAUGUUACUACUAAAAGUACAUUUUACUUGAUCCUUCCAUUUUGCAAAGCCAAUC